AAUAAACUGUAUCAGAUCAAUAGACGAUGAGCACCGGCUGAAGACACCUCUGCUUCGGCCCAGUGCGCCAGCACUGCCUCGCCAGGAACCCGUCGAUGGAGGCCGAUGAAGCUGAAGCAAAAGCAUGCUUGCUUCUGAUGGCUUUGCUCGCGCUCGGAGGGCUUCUUCCCGGUAUUCACUGGAAGGUGAAUCUGGGAGUGAUGUCCCUGUUUUUUUACUAUUGGAAAAAGCGCUCGGUUCUCCAUUGCGAGCUCGUAGAGAUGGUCUAUUGGGCGUUGAUGUAUGCUUGGUUUGGAUAUAUUUUCAUUGAACUUCAUGAUUCACCCAUCCUUCAACUUGGGGCCUUCAAGUCGAUCUUUGGAUCUUUGGCUGACUUGAUCAUCGCAUGUGUCUUCAGCCUUUGUGGGGUUUGGGCCCAUACCACGGCUCAGAACGAUCGGCUUCAAUCCUCGAUCCAGGAGCUCGACCUUCGGAUGCUGGUGGAUAAGCAGCAUGUGGAGACGGGUGCCUCGCGUUUCACCGUCUAUUGUAUUCAGAAUCUUAUUAGCCAGCGGAGUACCUCUUCGGGUCAGCUGCAACGGCUGGUCGGAAAGCUUAGAGAGAUGGCCAUGGGCACGAUGCAUUUGCUUGAAGAGGAGGUCUUGCUAGCCCUUGAGUCCUGCUGUCACGGCUCGGAUGGUACGUCACCUCCCGACGAUUUGCUCUACGUCCUGAACUGUUCAGAGGUUGACUUACCUCAAUUCUUAGCCUUGACCAGUAGCGAUCAGGUGAUCCACCUCUUCCGGAAGCACGUGAUGCACAUGGACACCGUGACCAAGACGCGGCUGGUGGAUGCGCUCCAACGGCAGCACGACUUCUACGCGAACCGGCUCCAACAGGAGUUGGUGGUGGAGUUGCUGGAGAGCACCACUGGGGACGAGCUUCGGAUGAUGAAAGACAUCCUGGACGAGGGUGGAGACUUUUACAACCUACACAAGCUGGUCUUCCACGAUCUGGACCCUGAGAUGCAUUCCAGGGUGCUGAGCCAUAUCCAGCAGCAGGGGCGCCGUCUGGCCAAGCAGUACGACCCGGGGCAAGCGCCCAUGAAGAUUGUGAGUGACGUGGACGACACCCUCUAUGGGAGCGGUGGACACUUCCCGGCGGGCUGCGAUGAGCGGUUUCCCCGGCAUCAGGUGUACCCUGGCGUCCUGGCUUUGUUUCGGGAGAUCACGGCCCAUCGCGCGGCCCAGCAGAGAGAGAAACCCAAGGGUGAUGUUUCAUUCCAUCCUCCACAGAUUCGAGCGCGGUCCAACUUGGUCUUUUUGUCGGCCCGACCGCGCGCGUACAAGGACUACCUGGAAAACAAGUCCUACAAACUCUUCCGUCGCCUCCGAAAAUCGGGCAAGCUGCACUGCAUGCCCACGCUUCUGGGGGCUGGAAAGCUCAAGUCCUCGGGCUUGGCAGCCAUCUUUGGAGUGGUUCUCCGGUACCCACGGCCCACGCUCAUUGGAGCUUCUUUGAAAGUCUUUCUUUGUUCGUGCUGCUUGGGUCUUCUUCCCAUGAUCUUCCCCUUCACUUUCUUGACCUUUGCUUUUGCUGCCUUUGCUGUAUUGGUCAUCUGGAGCUUUUUUGCGAUCAGCAGCCUGCGGAAGGAAGGCCGUGUUAAUGUUCCUCCGCUCAACUCGGAUUUUUGGAGGCCUGUUGGAGAAGAUAGGAUCAAAUCGUUCAUGGAGUACCGGCAAUUGUACAGUGAGUGCUCCAUGCUCUUCUUCGGCGACAACGGCCAAGGGGACCUCAUGUGUGCGGAGCAGCUGACCAGGAUGAACGUCGGUGGCGAGGGCACCGGCGGGGGCGGCAUGGUCUCCGCUGCUUUCAUCCACCAGGUGGCAGAUCCUGCUGAGCAGCUUAGUGAGUUGGAGAAGUUCGAGGAUCAUGCUCUGGCGAAGGAGGAGUAUGCCUCCAGAGGCAUCUACCUCUACCGCACUUACGUCGGAGCUGCCAUCCAUGUCUACAACUUGGGCUUCAUUUCUCAGGAGGGCCUCUUCCGUGUGUGCACCGAGGCGGUGCAGGACAUGGUGAGGCUUCGCAUCCGCUACUUAGGCUGCGCCGAAGCACGGCCCUGGAGAGAAGUGGUCAAUGAGAUGAACGAAGAUGUAGACCGCGCCAACGAACUCUUGCGCGAUAGCGGCCUUCAGGUGGCAAAGGCGCCGAUUUCUGUGGAGGUGAAUCUGGCACGUGGUCCUCAGGUUUCUGUGGUAUUGCUCAGUGGAAGAGGGGCUUGGUGUAGAGCAGACCCAGCUCGCACUGUGAAUGAGCUCCAGAAGGAAGCCCAGCAGAGGUUGGGAGUUAGCAUUGCAUAUUUGAUCACUGCAGUGGGUGCGAAGUUGUCAGAGACCACCAUGACCAUGGAGGAAGCAGGAAUUGGCCAUGAUGAUUAUGUACAAGCGGUUGUAGCGUCUGAGGCCCCCAACUGCCCUGACCCUGACCUCUCUCGUCGCAGUGAGCACAGCUUGGAGGAUCUGGAAAGCCUUGUGAACCUCCUCUUGGACGCGCAAAUUGGCUUGAUCCGCUUGGAAUACUUGAUGGAGCUACGUGCUCGUGGCGACCAACUACCGCGCCGGCAGGAUGCUGAGCAUGAGAUGACCAGUAGCAAGCGCACUGCCAUCGUGAGCCGCGAAGAACUUAUGGAGUUGGAAUUGGAUGAGAUGGGACACAUCACCACAUUGAUCAGCAACCCUGGACACUACUUCCCCCCAAGCAGAGUGAGGGUAUCCUUGCACUCCAUAUCACACCCGUGGGAGACAUUGGAACAUCCAGACCCUUGGGGAUAUCAGCUUCAAUGGUUGAUCGAAGAGUGUCGUCCUGCACUAGCCGAGGGCUUGGUGUGGGUUUUUGUAGACUACACUUCACUGUAUCAGCGAGGUGACCGUACCGAAGAACAGAUCCAAGCGGUUUCUCACGCUUUGUGGAACGCACACGUGCUUUAUGCUCACAAUGCCAUUACGGUGCACAGAUUGGAGAGCCUGACACCAGAGACUGAGAAAGCUGAUGGUUUCAUCCCAGUGUUUUCUGAAGAGGCCGGAAAAGUAAGUGAGAUGGCCAUCAAAGACCUGACGAUGAAAGACACGCCUUGCAGUGAUCGUGGAUGGUGGCGAGGUGAAAAGCAUUGGUCAAGUCCGCGAACCCCUGGCUCAAGCUCUCACUCUAUCCCUUUGCUACCUCGCUUGUUCAAUAUGCUCAUUGAUGAGCUUGUUUUUACCCAAGACGAUGACAAGAGGAUUGUUCAGGAAGUCCACAGGAAGUUUUUUCUUGAGAGAGUCUCAAAGUGCAGAAGUCUGACACUGGAGAAGCUGCACGAAGAGGCUGUAGAUUUUCAGUGUGAAGCAUUGCGCUUCUACGAGCAAUUGGACAAGAUUGUGCUCAGUCAGAUGUCUCUCAAACAUGACGCAGUUCUUGCUAUAGCCCAGACCAAUGCGAAGUCGAUACACCUGAAGAGAUGUGGCCUUGCAGACUAUGAGGUGGAAAUCCUGUCCCAUGCCCUGAAAGAUGAAGAUCAUCCAGUCGAAGAGUUGCAUUUGAGCCAUAAUCCCUUUGGUGAGAAAGGCAUGCAAGCACUGCGGGAACUUUCCAUAUUGAAGCCCGGUCUUACCAUUGAUGUCUUGCAAUUGCCAGACAUUGAACUGGAGUUUGGUGUGCCAGAGGUUUUUCAGAAGAUCUUGAUGGUGACACCAUCAUCAGUUUUUCUAGAACACAAGCCUACAAUCGAGAUCAUUGAUUUUGGAACGCUCAAGCUGCCAGAGGGUAUGAUGCCUGCAAGCCAUUUGCUACAGCUCUCACCGGAGGGGGUGAACUUCCAGAAGCCUGUGCGCUUUCUGGUGCCCACACACAUCGGGGCCAAUGCUGCCUGGCGGUCCAACUCUGACGGCAGCUGGGAACAGGUGCCAGCGCAGUUUCGCCAUGGAUACAUGGAGGUCUACUUGAGCCACUUUUGCCAGCUUUACUCCAGCAGACCAGAGAGGACAGACUUUGUAAUGAAAGCUGUAGCAUUUUUGAACCCAAGCGCAUCAUCAGAGGCUCCAGAAGGGAGACUAGCAUUUCUUGAAGCUGACUGCCCAACUUGUGAACAGGACCUCAAUCAAAGGAUGGAUGGAGUCGUGAGAUGUGUGGUGGAGGAAGCGGUUGAUCUCUUUAGUCCUCAGAGAGAAAUUCACAUCUUGCAGGAUGGAGAGGUGAUCCAAAGCUUUCACUUGAACUUUGAGAGUGGAGUUCAGAUCUCUGAGGGCUUCGAGGUUCCGUUGGACAUUCAUUGGACCCAUCAGUUGUAUGUUGAGAUGGAGGUGGUUGACCCAGAGACUGGAAGAAGCCGACGUCGGAUGUACACCUUUGACUUUCCAGACAGGUCAAUGUCAAUGCCUGAUCCACCUCCCCAACCAUUGCCAGUUCCCCCACCUCCUCCACUGAUCCAGAACCCAGUUCCUCCUCCACUGCAGGGCUCUCCGCCAGACCCUCCGCCAAACCCACCGGCAGAGCCCCCACCAGUUGCGCCAGAGGUGCCCCGGCCACCACCUCCGCCAAUUCACAGACGGCAUUUGAUGUUGUCUGGAAGGUUCAAUACCACAGAGAGGGUUGAGUACAUCCGGCUGGUGCAAGUAGCACUUGAAAGCUAUGGCAUUGAGACUUUCAUGGUCGAUGUGGUCGCCAGCCAGCAGUUCAGCUCCGCCACCAGGGAAGGAUUAGUGAAGAUGAGGAUGAUGGCAGCGUUCUGUGAGUGGGACUAUGGCUCACAAACAGACGUAGGCUACGAGACCUUCCAGGAACUCGAGUACGCUUGGGAGAAUCGGAUUCCAAUCAUCCCCGUGAAACUGUGCCAGGAUUGGCCCCCCAGGCCUCCGGAUGAGGCUGGCCGAAUUCAAAACAUGUACGUGUUUCGGAAGAGUCUUAUCUACAUCGAUGCUGUUGCCAUGUCAAUUCAGAAGGUUGCAGAGGAAAUCGCCCAAGCCUGGCGACAAGCUGCAUGAAGGGUGUCAAAGGCCACACCACCGCGAACAUUGUGAUCCAAAGCAGAUGGUCUUCGAGAAAAAGAUGUU